CUCUUUUACAUUUACUGGCACCUCAUUUUAGAUGCAUGGCACAUGCAUGAUCGUCGCAAUCGAGGAAUCGAGGUUGCCAUCUAUCUUUUCUCGCAUCACAACUAACUCAGCCCUCAAACACUCAAACUGGUAGACCCUAGAUACCUCUUGUUUACCCAAUUCUUUUGUAAUCGAGCAGAUACGGUAGGGUAGUAUAUACUCAGCUGCCUUAUCUGACUUCUCUCCACAGGCAUAUUCAACGAUUCAGCCUUUGCUGCUUCUUCUAUUACCCUUGUUUGUUGUUCGGUCAGUUUCCAACACAAUUAUCUUAUUACUAUUUAUCCACCAUGGUCCUGGACGCCUCCUACAGCAGCAGCAUGUCUGCGAGCAUGCACAACAACAACAGUCACCACUCGACAAUAAUAAAUAAUCAGAGUCUCCAUGAUUGCAAACGUUUGUCUUUGGAAGAUCGGUUCUUUGCCCGCGACGAUCAGUUGAAUCAGAUACGAUCUUGCAUCGGUAGCAACGAGGAUGUGAACUUGAAUCAGGUGGUCUACAUUACGGGUCAAUCCGGAGUGGGCAAGACGACGCUGUCCACCAAGGCGAUCCAAUCGUAUACGGCUACCAAGUACUGGUGGGGUGCGGCCAGUUUUGACAGCAACAGCUACAACAAUAACAACACAAGACGGGGCAGCAACAGUUCCUGCUGUUGUAAGACACCUCUGGAAACCAUUCAGACUUGUCUGUCGACAUUGGUAUCCAACGUUCUCCAUCAAGAUAAUGCAUCGGCCAUGGCCGCUUUGCAGGUAUUACGCGUCAGUGUCGAACCCAGUCACCAAAAGAUAUUGUCCAGUUUAGUGCCUUCCAUGGCCGUCCUCUUUGGAGAUCACGGCAAUCAACGCAGUAUGCGAUCACUGCAACGUCACAGCAAUCGGAAUCUACAGUACUUCAACAACUCCAGCAAUAGCAAUCGAAGUCUGCUCGGGAACGUUAGCAAUCGAAGUCUACACAUUGAACUACGAAGAGAUGCCUCCAAGCGACACAUGGAGAUACCCGAAGACGACGACGAGGACGCCGAAGAUGAUACCCAAAGCACCAACAGCUCACUUAGCAGCACUAGCACUAGCACCAUCGGAGAUGACGACGAAAGCAUAUCCAGUGGUGGUGGUAGAGACAAUCGAACCAGUCUCAUGGCCAAGGUACAUUUACAGGUCGCCUUGAAGAGCUUCUUUUUGGCACUGGCAAAGGUACAAAAGGUCGUACUAUUGCUCGAUGAUCUUCAAUGGGGCAACAAGGAAUCCUUUGGACUCCUACAAGCCAUUCUGGUAGCCAACAAGAAGGAACCCAAAAAUUACAACUUGGUACUCCUCGCCACGUACCGCGACAAUGCCGUCACGGACGAGUUGCGCGCCUUUCAACAUCGAUUGGAUGCCGCAUCCACCACAUCUCUCGCCGCGCCGUGGAAAACGGUCAUUCAUCUACAGUCGUUUUCGCGGGGAGAAGUCAAUCAAAUGUUGAUGGAUCUAUUCGAUUGUCAUGAUUACAGCACUACUGCCACUAGUAGUAGUAGUAGCAGUCGACCACCACUUGACUCGAGCAGCAGCAAUCUCCCAUUAUUAUUGGAUGGUGACGACGAUAACGAACAGCUCGAUACCGGCGACGACCAAGUCACCAUGGCGCUGGAACUGGGACGGCUCAUUCAUCAACGGACCGCGGGCAAUAUCUUCUUUAUACGACAACUAUUGGACAGCUUGGAGGCGGAACAAAUGAUACACUACGAUUGGAUGAGCAGCAAAUGGAAAUGCGACAUUGCAAGAGUGCAAAAGAAAACGGCCGUCUCGGAAAACGUGCUGCAGGUCGUCGUACAAAAGAUUCAAAAAUUCGAUUCCAAUGUACAGCGCAUACUACAACUCUGCGCUUGUUUGGGUACGCGGAUCCGGGCCAAAUGGAUUGAAGUGUGCCUGCCAGCCAUGUUUCCACCUACUACUACUACUACUACAUGUAGCGACGAUCAGCAGCUAUUAUUAUUGGAUCACAAGGCAUUGCUCCAAAAGGCUUGCAGUGAACGUCUAUUGGAUGACCUGGGAUACGGAUGGUACAAAUUCAGUCACAACAAAGUCCUGGAAUCCGUUCUGCUAUUACUGCCAGAGGGUAAGGCGAGAAACGAGCUCCACUGGAAGCUUGGACAGCUCUUGUAUCAAAAGUAUCAGAGCUACUACCAUCACAACAACAACAACAACAACAACAAUCUGCAACAACAAGAACCGGAAGCUGCUAUCAAACAAGAAGAAGCAGUGCCACAACUGGAGCAACAUCCAAACAAUGCUGACGCCGUAGGAGCAACACGAAACCGACGGAGCCGGCUUUUGUUUGUGUGUGCAGAUCAGACCAAUCUGGGAGGGGCCGACUGUUGCCGCAAUCCACAAGAACGACUUGGAAUGGUGAGACUCAAUCUUAUGGCGGCCGAGGCGGCCGCAAAAGUGUCUGCCUUUCACCCGGCAUGUCGGUAUUGCGAGGCAGGGAUUGAGGCGCUGCAACCGCUCGGUGGGGACGAUGCCAACAAGGAUGCACGACAGCCGGACGCGCUGACACUCGCUCUCAAGCUCGAUUUGUACCAACGAUAUGCCGAAAUGCUGUAUUGCACCGGUGAACUAGACGAGGCAAAGGCUUACUGCGACAAGGUAUUGAAGCUGGAUCCUUCCUCAGAUCACCACAAAGUGGCAUGCUUCAUCACCAUGAUGCAAAUUCUCAAUGCGCAGGCCAACAACGAAGAAGUCGUAGACUUUGGCUUGGAAGCACUCAGAGCUCUGGGCGAGAAAAUCCCAAAACAAAAGAGCAAAAUGAAAAAGCUUCUUGGCGAAAAGAAUGUACUCAAACGAAAGGCAUGGAUCUCUUGCACGGACGAGGACGUUCUAGCAUUGCCGCUCAUGAAGAAUAAUAGGAAAGCUGCCUGCAUCCAGGUGAUGCAAAGCAUGCUGAUUCCACUGGUGCACAUGUCAAUGAAAGACUUGGCAACUCGGAUAUUGAAACGAAUGAUGACCCUGACAUUGCAGUUUGGUCUCACCAAAUGGGCCCCUGAAGCAUUUGCCAUUGCCGGCGCAGACCUAGUGGCGCGCAAGGACGACAUUUCUCAGGGCUAUCGCCUAGGAAAGCUUGCUGUGGCAUUGGUAGACCGAUUGCAAGCCAAGAGCGAGCAGGUUAAGGUCAGCUUUUGGACCGCUGCUUUUACCUUUUGGUGGAAGGAACCACUUCCACGAUGCUUGGAUAUGAACAUUGACGGCUACAAGAGUGGUAUGCGGGUAGGGGACACCCACUUUGCCUUCUACAACAUUGUGACGUACGCUCUUUCCUACUUCAAUUCGGGGCUUCCACUGAGACCGCUUCUUGUCGACCUCGACAAGUAUUGCCGCCAGAUGGUUGACUACAAGCAGGUCAUGGUUCUUUUCAAUAUCAUCCCCUGUUAUCAGGCUACGUUGAAUCUCUGCGGGGAGCAGCGAACCGGGCCACUUGAUAUGCAACGUGGCUUGGCAAUGGGAAUGCAAAGGGUUGCUAGGGGGGAGAAGCAGGUUGGGGAACACGCCUGCUGGUCAUUUUUGAUGCAAAUAUCUUUCUACUUGGGACAGAUGGAGAAAGUUGCCGAACUAUCCUCUAAACUCCAGGAGAUAGACUGUGGGUUGUUUCGUGCUGAGGUGUUCUAUCCGACUCGGGUAUUCUUUUUUGCCCUGUCUGCGAUUGAACGAUAUCGUGCCACCAAGAAGCGCAGGUUCAAGCAAGAAGCGCAGAAACACACGGCCCUCAUUUCAAAAUGGAUCUCAUCGGGUGCCAUCAACUUGGUACACAAGGGCAUGCUUCUUCGUGCCGAGAUGUACACAAUCACUAGUAUGAAGCCAGUUCCUGAAGAGGCGAUUGGUCUCUAUGACAAAGCCUACACGACAGCCAUGAGAAGUGGCUUUUUGCAAGAUGCAGCGCUGACGUGCCAACUUGCAGCUGCUUACUGCGAGAAGGCUUUUCCAGAAUACGUUACGCCAUACGCGGUGAAAGCCUUUGAACAAUGGACAGCCUGGGAUGCCGUUGUUAUCGCAUGCCAUCUCGAGGAUAAGUACCCUGAAGUGUUUUCGGAAGAUUCGAUGGGUGCUGACUUGGAUGUCAGCACAGGCAGUGCGCAUUUUGGUCGUUCUCGCUUUACCAUGUCGGUCGUGCGAAAGCACAUGGAAUUUUCAUACACCGACAUUGCCACUUCCUUUGCUAGCCUGGGAACGGCUUGCAGUGGAUGAAGCAUACGCCCAAUUUGGGAUUUUGGUGGUCGAAAUACCUCUGCUUCCUCUUCCGACUUCCAUGAUUGCCGCAAAAACUUGCCUGCACCCACCAGCUUCAAUACGGUAGAUAACUUCCCUACAUGUACUCUUGGUAGACCCCCUUCUCUAUUCUUGCACCGCUUCCGAGCCAAGAGAUCAGUGAAAAUCGAGCCCAGCUUGCUUGCAUCCAAGCCCUCCCACAAACUACCGGCGGCCAGGAAAUCACUCGGUAUUUUGUAAUAAGGAUCCUUUUGUGUAAAUUGCGUGAAGACUGUCAGAGCCCCAGCUAGCUAGACUGGUACAGACUGCUUGGGUUGCCCUGAAAGAAGAAAGAACCAGCUAACUGGAAUGCUCCUGCGCUCCCUCCUGCUUCCAAAUUCCAGGAUCCAUUUAUCAAAAAUACACUAGCUAGCUAGGUGUGGCCUGUUUCAGUAAAAUUCACUUUUAUCCAGUC